CCAGGGCUAGAAAGCCAUCCAGCCGGCAGCCCCUAGCAUCUACACCUGGCCUCCAGCGCUGGGGGAGCCCUGACUGCACCCUGCUACCACCCCCAAAUUCCCCAUGGCUGACCAACUGACGGAGGAGCAACUGGCUGAAUUCAAAGAGGCCUUCUCCCUGUUCGACAAGGACGGGGACGGUAUGAUCACCACCCAGGAGCUGGGCACCGUCAUGCGGUCCCUGGGCCAGAAUCCCACAGAGGCAGAUCUGCAGAGCAUGGUGAGCGAGAUCGACCGGGAUGGCAACGGCACCGUGGACUUCCCCGAAUUCUUGGGAAUGAUGGCCCGGAAGAUGAAAGACAGGGACAGUGAGGAAGAGAUCCGGGAGGCCUUCCGUGUGUUUGACAAGGAUGGCAACGGCUUUGUCAGUGCAGCGGAGCUGCGACACGUGAUGACAAGGCUCGGGGAAAAGCUGAGUGAUGAGGAGGUGGAUGAGAUGAUCCGGGCAGCGGAUGUGGAUGGGGACGGGCAGGUGAACUACGAGGAGUUCGUGCGCAUGCUGGUGUCCAAGUGAGGCCUGGGGUGGAGUGCUGCCACCUCCCCUGGGAGGGCCAGCCUCACUUUGUUGGGGACAUGCCUCUGGCUGCUACAAGUGUUUCAGACCCGGCCUGGCUUCCUCCCUCCUCCAGCUUCCUCUGGACACUGUUUCUUCGCAGCUAAGGUUGAUUCCAUAUGCCUCUCUGCAUCUCUCUUUCCCAUCUGGUCAACCUUCCCCCUGCCCUCUUCUCAUCCACAAUGACACAAGCUGCUCCUAAGCCAGCAAGCCUUACGUCCCUCAGGGGUAGAAGUGACAUCACUGAAUGAACAAUGAGCAGAAGGACUGUAAAUGUUGCACUGACUCCAGAAGGUGCCAUCAGGAGGGCACAAUGUGGCAUCAUAGAGCCCUCCGGGCAGGACCCCUGCAAGGCACCAGGCUCUGAGACCAGGGUGGCCGUAAGCUCCCAGUGCACAGGGGAAUCUGGGCUUCAUCUAUUAUUGGAUUCUGGGUUGGGACAAAUCUCGGCCCCAGACUGAGGGGUGUGAUGGGGACUUAAAUCAUUUGGAUCGGGCCUCCUGAGAAACACCACUGCCCUUCCACCCAGUGCUUGCCUAUUCCCUCUGUCUCUGCCAAACUGCUAUGAUUCAUCUUUUGAAGCUGCAAGUAAAGCUGGGAUGUUACAGUGAAGGAUGGGAGCCCAGGAAGACUAAAACAGAUGUGACAACAGGUCUCUGAUCCAAUCCUGGCGUGUCCACCACUGCUGUCCUGACACGGGGACUCAGGGCCUGCCACACAAGGAACAGCUCAAUGGCUCCCAUCAUAAUCAAUAAGAAGAGGAGAAUGGGGAGCAAGCAGUGUGGCAAAAAUCAGAUGAGAAAUCAGGAAGAAGUGGGCUGGCAAGGACAGCUGAGGGUUUGCCCCCAAGGAUGGGGGUCCUCUCUCUUGAAGCCUAGA